ACGGUGCUGUUUCAAUGUAGCACUCGGUCCUCGCACGUGGCUCAUGCAGUUGUAUCGGCUGCAGUUCUGUACAACUUCAAAACGGAGUGAAACGACACUCCACAAGUGCAACACAGGGCAGGAGAAAUGAAUUCAAAAUAAUACGUUUGUGAAAAGAAGAAGUGUUUCGUACACAGAUUCCACGUGUUUUAAAUUCGUGGCAAAAUGGGUAAAGAUAAGACCAAAAAUCAGAAGACCUCGCGCAAGAAGGCCAACCAGCUGGCGGAGGAGACGUUCGGUUCGGUACCGCACAGCUUCAUCUUCCACCGGGGUAAAAUAGGCAAAAAUGUCGCGCAGCUUGUCCUGGACAUGCGACGUGUUAUGCAGCCUUACACAGCAGAGUCGUUAAAGGUCCGGAAAAGGAAUGUCUUGAAAGAUUUUGCCAACAUAGCUGGACCUCUUGGAGUCACACACUUCGCCAUCUUCACCAAGUCAGCCAGCUGUGUGAAUUUGAGACUGGCACGUAUUCCUAAAGGGCCCACACUACAUUUUACUGUCACCAAGUAUGCCCUGGUCAAGGAUGUGGUGUCGUCACUGAAGAGGCACAGGAUGCAUGAGCAGCAGUUCACCCACCACGCGCUGCUGGUGCUCAACAACUUUGGGGUGGAGGGCAUGCAUGUCAAACUCAUGGCCACCAUGUUCCAGAACAUGUUCCCAUCCAUCAACGUGCACAAGGUCAAUCUCAAUAACAUCAAAAGAUGUGUUCUUCUGAACUAUGACCCAGCCUCAGAGGAGAUUGAGCUUCGGCAUUACAGCAUAAAGGUGGUGCCAGUAGGCAUGAGCAAAGGCGUGAAGAAACUCAUGCAGGAGAAGUUCCCCAACAUGAGCAAGUUUGAGGACAUCAGCGAGCUGCUACUAAAAGGUGCGAACUUGUCUGAGAGCGAGGCUGAGCUUGAUGGCGACCAUAACAUCACGGAGCUGCCUCAGGCCUACGCUGGACGCGGCAACAUGAGUGCCCAACAGAGUGCAGUGCGACUAACAGAGAUUGGCCCCAGAAUGACCCUGAAGCUUGUGAAGAUCGUGGAAGGUCUGGGAGAGGGCAACGUGAUGUAUCACUCCUUAGUCUCGAAGACGGACGAUGAGCUUCAGGAGAUCCUGAGGAGGAAGGAGGCGCGUCUGAAGGAGAAGGCCGAGCGCAAGAAGAAGCAGGAGCAGAACAUCGCCCUGAAGAAGGAGCAGAGGGAGGCGCACAAACAGAAGAGCCUUGAGGGCAUAAAGCGCAAGAAGCAGGAGCAGGCAGGGGAUGGAUCAGAUGAGGAGGUGGAGGAUCCAGGCACCCAGGAGGCGACCACGGCAGCACCCGAGGUCUCCUCUGAGGACGAGGCAGAGUACUACAGACAGGCCGUGGGGGAGGACCCAGACGAAGAUAUGUUCCCGGCUGCAAAAAGGAAACGCGACCCCAGCAAGUCACCUGGACCGUUCAAGAAGAGAAAAAUGUCCGCCGGAAGAGGAGGUCCUCCGGGUGGCAGAGAUGGGAAGAAGCCAUUUUCCAAGCCAGGGGGUGGGGCCGGGGGAAAGGGUUUCGGAGGCGGUGGGGGCAAGGGUUUCGGAGGCAAGAGGAUGGAACAUGGCGACAAAAGGUUUGGGGGUAAGAAGAUGGGUGAAGAUGGAGGCAAACGGUUCGGCGGUAAAAAGAUGGGGGGUGGUGGUGGAGGCAGGUUUGGAGACAAGAGGGGUGGUGGUGGAGGCAGGUUUGGAGACAAGAGGGGUGGUGGUGGAGGCAGGUUUGGAGACAAGAGGAUGGGUGGUGGAGGAGGAAAGAGGGGCGAAGGAGGCAGAGACUUCAAGGGGAAAGGUGGUGGUGGUUCAAAAUUCAAAGGAAGCAACUUCAAGAAAGGUCCUCAGAAAGGUGGGCCAAAUCGAGGCUUCAAACAUAAAGGGAGGAGUUGCGAACAAAAGAUGUCUAGUACCACUAAAAACGACGACACCUUCCAGAUCAAGCUGCUGCCCCCUGUCUACGGCGUGGAGUUCUUCAUUGCGCUGUUUGGGAACGUGUUUGCCCUGUGUCUGCUGAUCAUCAAGGAGAAGAGGAACUGGCAUACGGGGGUGGUGUUCGUCUUCAACCUGGCCGUGUGUGACAUCCUCUACAUCCUCACGCUGCCCCUCCUCAUAGACUACUAUCUCAAGGAGAAGGACUGGAAUUUCGGAAGCGUCGCCUGCAAAAUCGAGCGCUUCCUCUUCACGUGCAACCUGCACGGCAGCAUCUUCUUCAUCAUGGCCAUCAGCGUCAACAGAUGGGUGGCCAUCGUCUACCCCUUCUUCACCCGGAACCACGUGACGCCAAAGCACGCCAAAAUCGCCAGCGUCCUGAUCUGGGCGGUGGUGAUCGCGGUCUCCUCUCCUGUGCUUCACAUGGCCGACACGUGUCCCAAGAAGGAUGCCACCAAGGGCGACGAUUACUGCAUGUCCGUCUGCGACCACGCACAGAAACAGAGCCACUUUAAAUACAAAAUCUCCCUGGCCGUCAUAGGAUGCCUGAUACCUCUGCUAGUGACCUUUUCAUCAUAUAUCAGUAUUAUUAGAGUAAUUUACAAAAAUGCAAACAUAACAGUGUUGGAAAAAAGAAAGGUUGGUCUGAUGGUUGGCUCUGUCCUCGUCUUGUACAUUAUUUCUUUUGUCCCCUACCAUAUUCUACAGCUGACGUUCAUAUACAUUAAAAUGCUUAAUGAAAAACGUCCAGUGAUUUACAAUGCAUAUCAGAUUAGCAAAGGUCUUGUCACACUGAACAUGUGCUUGCAUCCCAUACUGUACAUGGCAGUGUUUGACAGCAUCAGGGUGGCCUGCUGUGGAAAGAUCUCCGAUGGACCCUAGCGUUGUGGCCCUGACAGUGUUUCACCUUUCCUUCCUGGAUUUUUCAAAAUUAUUAUGAAAGAACAUGCGGGCAAUGUUCAUAUCAUCAUAUGAUGCGUAGACUUUUAAAAUUCAAAGGAGUACUGUCAAACAUGAAUUUCUUUGAGAGCUUCACUUGUUAUAAUUUUGUAUGUUUGUUUCAAAAAAUAAAUGUAUCUCACAAUGCUGUCA